CCAGAUGUCUCUCGCAGUCUCAAUGAAAAAUUGAAAAUUGUUCGCAGCUGGUCCAGUUUACAAUUUUCUUUUAAGAAAAUGAAUUUACUGAUCGUUUUCUUGGCGACCUUGGUGGUAGUUUUGAAUCUCGCUGACGCAUGUGACGUUUAUAAUGCCAUUUGUGUAGUACGCAAUGGCACGGUUCGUGGAACAAUUCGCUUAAGAAGCCAAAGUGAUUAUUAUGCACCUGUAACUGUGACUGGAGAAAUCAGUGGUUUAACUGCAGGAGAACAUGGCUUCCAUGUUCAUGAAUACGGUGAUCUUUCUAAUGGUUGUAUGAAUGCUGGUGCUCAUUACAAUCCUUACAGAAGAAAUCACGGUGGAGAAUUUGAUGCGGUAAGACACGUAGGUGAUUUAGGCAAUAUACUAGCUGGAUGGGACGGUAGAGCACUAGUCAACAAAGUUGAUUACCAGCUGAAGCUUUGCGGUCCUAUUUCUAUCCUAGGACGAGCCAUCGUGGUACACUCUGGACGAGAUGAUUUAGGCCGAGGAGGUAACCCAGAGAGUUUGAAAACCGGAAAUUCCGGAAGUCGUGUAGGCUGUUGUGUUAUAGCUGUUGCGUCUCCUCCAACUGAUUAGAUCUGACUUUUAAUUUUCGUUAAGAAAUAUAUUUUAUUACUUGUAUUUAAAUGUAACACAUUUGCAUUUAAAAUAAAAAUGUUUCUUUUC